UGUCACGCCUCCUGAAGCAACACCGGCAGCGUGCCCUGCUGGGGGUAAAGCCGGCCCCUCGCCUCAGAGGCGCUCCUGAGACUCACUCGCACUCUGCACUCAGAGUCGAGCGGAGCGCUGGGGAACAUGGCUGCACACACAGCUCUCACUUUCGGGACUAUUUUCACCUUUCUCUCGGUCCUCCUGUGCGGGACCACUGCAGAGCUGGUGACCGUGGUGGGGGAGAAAGUUGUACCGGAAUCUGCGCUCCAAAAACCCAAAAUCUUAAUAGCGAUUAUCGCGAGGAACAGCGCCCACAGUUUGCCCUUCUACCUGGGCUGCAUAGAGAGGCUGGACUACCCGAAGGACCGGCUCGCUAUCUGGGCGGCCACAGAUCACAACAUCGACAACACGACGGCGCUCCUGCGCGAGUGGCUGAGGAACGUGCAGGAGCUGUACCACUACGUGGAGUGGAGACCCAUGGAGGAGCCACAGUCCUACACAGAUGAGAUGGGUCCCAAGCACUGGACUAGCUCGCGGUUCAACCAUGUCAUGAAGCUGAGGCAGGCGGCACUGAAAGCAGCACGACAGCGUUGGGCAGACUACAUACUGUUUGCAGAUGCCGAUAACUUGCUGACCAACCGGCAAGUCCUGAACCUGAUGAUCGCAGAAAACAGGACCAUCGUGGCGCCAAUGCUGGAGUCUCGCUCCCUCUACUCCAACUUCUGGUGUGGGAUCACCCCCCAGGGCUUCUACAAGCGCACCCCGGACUACCUCCCGAUCCGGGAGUGGAAGAAGCUGGGCUGCUUCGCGGUGCCAAUGGUCCACUCCACCUUCCUGAUCCACCUCCAGAGAGAGGCCACGCACAGCCUGGCCUUCCACCCCCCCCACCCCGACUACACCUGGGCCUUCGAUGACAUCAUGGUCUUCGCAUUCUCUGUGCGGCAAGCAGGAAUCCAGAUGUACCUCUCUAACAGAGAGCACUAUGGGUACCUGACCAUCCCUCUGAAGGCCCAGCAGACCCUGCAGGAUGAAGUGGACAGCUUCGUCCACGUCCAGAUCGAGGCUAUGAUCGACCGCCCUCCCAUUGAGCCCUCACAGCACCUGCACCUCCCCGCCAAGAGACUGGACCGGAUGGGCUUCGAUGAGAUCUUCCUGAUCAAUCUGAAGCGCCGCAGGGACCGGCGGGAGAGGACUGUGCGCAGCCUGGAGGCUCAGGGGAUCAGCGCCACCGUCACUGACGCUGUGGACGGGAAGGCUCUCAACACGUCUCAGCUGCAGGCUCUGGGGAUCGAGAUGCUGCCCGGGUAUGAGGACCCCUACUCCCGGAGGGUGCUGACUCGGGGGGAGAUCGGCUGCUUCCUGAGCCACUACCACACCUGGAAGGAGACAGUGGAUCGAGGCUUGCAGAGUGUGCUGGUCCUGGAGGAUGAUGUGAGAUUCGAACCCCAGUUCAAGAAGAAGAUGAUGUUAAUGAUGGCAAACAUUAAGGGGGCCCAGCUGGACUGGGAUCUGAUCUAUGUGGGACGGAAGCGCAUGCAGCUGGAGCGUCCUGAGCAGGCCGUGGCGGGCGUGCCGAACCUGGUGGAGGCCGAUUACUCAUACUGGACUCUGGGCUACGCACUCUCCCAGCAGGGGGCGCUGAAGCUGCUGCGGGCCGAACCCUUGGGGAAGAUGCUGCCUGUCGACGAGUUCCUGCCCGUCAUGUUCAACAAGCACCCCGUUAAGAAGUACAUGGAGCACUUUGAGCCGAGGGAGCUGCUGGCGUUCUCCGCGGAGCCCCUGCUGCUGUUCCCCACUCACUACACGGGCGAUGCCGGCUACGUGAGCGACACGGAGACCUCCACCAUCUGGGACAACGAGGGGGUGGAGACGGACUGGGACCGGCAGCACUCUCAACGCUCACGCAAGGCCAGGCAGCAGGGCCACAUCAGCAGCGCGGGGCAGAACCGCGUGGACAGCGCAGGGGCCACGGCCAGGGACGAGCUGUGAGGGACCCCAACCCUGCUGUCCUGAGACGAGAUGUGUCCGUCUCUCUACACACGUUUACAGCUGCUCCACAGACUGACUGUUCAACUGUAAUCUUCAUCUGAAAUGAAUUUCAUUUAAAGGGGGGGGCAGAUUCAGCUGGUCUCAGAACUCUGUCAAGCCGGGUCUUAAAGGAUCCAAGUGAUUCUGACUAGGCAGCCCAUUCCAUCCCCUCACCACUCUCUGUGAAGACGCGUCUCCUUCCCUCUGUCUCCUCUGUCUGUCUCCACACUGUGUUCCUCUGGUCCUGGUUUCUGUGCUUAAAGCAUUGGCUCAGGUUCUGCCCCCUGAUUCCUCUUUGUUCCAGGUUAAACAGACAGUUCUUUCAGCCUGUAGUAGCAGGAGUCUGAAUGAAUGCUCAGCUCAGGCCCCGCUCCUCCACCCUGCUGUAUGAAUGAAUGCUCAGCUCAGGCCCCGCCCCUCCACCCUGCUGUAUGAAUGAAUGCUCAGCUCUGGCCCCGCCCCUCCGCCCUGCUGUAUGAAUGAAUGCUCAGCUCUGGCCCCGCCCCUCCACCCUGCUGUAUGAAUGAAUGCUCAGCUCUGGCCCCGCCCCUCCGCCCUGCUGUAUGAAUGAAUGCUCAGCUCUGGCCCCGCCCCUCCACCCUGCUGUAUGAAUGAAUGCUCAGCUCAGGCCCCGCCCCUCCACCCUGCUGUAUGAAUGAAUGCUCAGCUCUGGCCCCGCCCCUCCACCCUGCUGUAUGAAUGAAUGCUCAGCUCAGGCCCCGCCCCUCCACCCUGCUGUAUGAAUGAAUGCUCAGAUCACAGCUGUCUGUGCCCCCCCCCCCACCAUCAUGUGUCCAGCCCACACCUGAAAUGAAAGUUGAUGUGUAUAAAAUAGUGAUGAAUUGUAACAGAAGUAAUUUAUGAGUCUAUAAUUGUGAUGCCUUUACUGUAAUGAUUGCUUGGAGUUGUUCAGAUGAACUGAGUUUACAAAGCUGCACGGAGAUGACAGUGCAGGCCGUCUCAGUAAAGUGCUGCUGCACAGACCCUCGCCCUGUGUCUUUAUCUCUUCAUCCCCGAGCGCUGUGCUUUACAAUGCUUCACCAUACUUCUGUGCUUUACAGUGCUUCCCUAUGCUUUACCAUACCUCUCUGUGCUUUACAAUGCUUCCCUAUGCUUUACCAGACCUCUCUGUGAUUUACAAUGCUUCCCUAUGCUUUACCAGACCUCUCUGUGCUUUACAAUGCUUCCCUAUGCUUUACCAGACCUCUCUGUGCUUUACAAUGCUUCCCUAUGCUUUACCAGACCUCUCUGUGCUUUACAAUGCUUUCCUAUGCUUUACCAGACCUCUCUGUGCUUUACAAUGCUUCCCUAUGCAGUUGAACCCCUCUGGAAUGCAGUGAAACCCAAUGCCCUGGGGAGCCGAACACACUAGUUAAUUAUAGGAACAGGACUUUUCAUUCCUGGAGG